AUGGAGGGUACGGGUUCUGAUAUUGUUCCAGAAAGGACUAUAAAACCUGAUGAGAAUGGAGAUACUAAGACUGAUGCUGCUAAUCUUCAGGAAAAGGAUCCCCUUUCUACUAAAGAAAGUGUUAGUUUUGUAGUAAUCCAUAACAAAAAUAAAUUUGAUGUUCAGUUUCCUCUUGAUGAAACAGUGAGCAAAUUAAAACAACAUCUUCAGAACAUAAUUAAUGUUCCCCAACCUCUCCAGAAAGUAAUGUAUAAAGGCUUGGCCAAAGAUGAUAAAACUUUAAGAGAAAUAGGUAUCACUCCUGGGGUCAAAGUGAUGGUUGUGGGAUCUAAAUUAGAUGAUGUUCUGGCGGUUUCCACUCCUAGUACCCUAGUUGCUGAAGAAAAGGCACAUGUUGUAAGUAAAGAACCACUGUGUCGUCAAAAAUUGCACAAAAAGGUAAUCGAUAAAGGAAUACCUGAUGAUGUCUUGCCUGGUAUUCGUGAUGCCAAAGAACCUCUACCUCCUUUCCCGCUUUGUGGAAUGUUAAAUAUGUCUGGUGGAAAAGUGAGGCUAACAUUCAAACUCGAAUUAGACCAAUUGUGGAUUGGUACUAAAGAAAGAACUGAAAAAAUUCCAAUGACCUCAAUCAAAAAUAUAAUUAGCGAACCUAUUGAUGGACAUUCACAAUAUCAUAUCAUGGGCAUUCAGAUGGGUACUAGUGAUGCUUCGAGGUACUGGGUCUACUGGGUUCCUGCUCAAUAUGUCGAUUCUAUAAAAGAUGCAGUAUUAGGCCCCUGGGUAAGUGAUCUAACAUGUUAA